GGCGCCAAGCCAACCUGCAAAAAAAAAAAAAAAAAAGAGGGAAAAGUGGAAAAGCCGAAUACGCCUUGCAAUGUCGACGAUCUUCAUCGCUGUUCAAUGCUGCCAAUGCUCGACAAUGCAGGUGAAGCAGCAGAAGAAGAGCAGCAACAAAUGGAACUGUGUGAUCUGCAACCGGAAGCAGUCCAUUCGUAAGGUAUUUGCUCAAGGAUUCCUUGCUAGAGAUGUCCGCAAGUUCGUCCAGAGUUUCAACAUGUCCCGGAAAUUUAUCGAAGAAAAUGUAGAAAAGGAAACCCUAAGUCCACCACCACUACCACCAAAAGAAGAGAUCCAUAAUCCCACUAAGAGAAGAAGUGAUUGGAAAGAGUACCUCGAUCCGGAAGACUUCGUCGAUGACAAGCAAGAGGAACAAGCAACAGCCUUAUGCGUAGGUGGUGUUUCUGAACCGAAAAUCGUGACGGAGUUGCCGAAGGAGAUGUUUAAGAAACCCAAAUUGAAGAACUACUCUGCUGGAUUGGACACUGGAGAUGGAGCAAAUAGACUUUUGAAGCCCAAUUUCUCAAAUAGAAAGAGGGUGAUCAAUCCACUCGUUCCUCAAAAGAACAAGGAAGAGGGGAAGGAGUUGCAGUCAGGAAGGGAAAAGGGAACAGCAUCAAAGUGGAGCAAUUUCUUAGCAGAGGAAGAUGAAGAUGAGUUGUUAAUGCAAAGAGGGCGGAGAGAUGUCCGGGAUCCAUGGUGCCAACCUGAUAUUCUGGACACUCCAGUCAGUGAUCAAAGGGUUGAAGACGAAGUCCACCCGGAUUUCAAGUGA